UUGGCAGGUUGUGCAACCAAGAUAUCUGAAAAAUGAUUCAGCAACAAUGCUCUAGAGUUGCCAAACAAGUGUGGAAGCCACUGCCCUCUUUUAUGCACAAGAGAGGGAUUCAUAGUCGUAACAAAAAGGCAAUGGAACUAGUGGCAAAAGGGUGGAGUGCUCUACAGGAAGUAGAUAGGGUUAUCGACUAUGCCGAUCGGAAUGACACUCGCCUCAUCCCGCAACUCAGAGGUGCAAAGGAGAACUUUGAAUUGGCUCUUGAGAUUGACAACAUGAAUACUCAUGCACGAUACUGGUUGGCCAGGAUGCACUUUAAGUACCAUGUUCCUGGGGCUUGUAAAGCAAUCUUUGAAGCAAGUUAUACAAGCCGAACAAAUCGACCCUGCUCGAUUUGGGUUCGAUCUGGCUUCCGAGUGGAGACAAGGACUUUGGAAGAGUUGGAAGAGUUAUUGGAAUUUUCUAGUCAGAAUAGGACAUCCUUGACUCGGAUUAUGCUGGAUAAUAUGGUGGUUCCUCUUCCAAACGGAGAUGUGGAUGUCUCAAUGCUGAAGGAUGCAGUCCAGUUGGUUAAUGGUAGAUUUGAGACUGAGAUUUGA